CACACACACACACACACACACAUACACAAACCUCUACCAACUUCUUGCCCAUCAUAGAGACAGCAGUUUUUCUCCACCCACUACGGCAGCUGGCACCAUCUCAACCCUAUCUCACAAAACCAAGAAUAAGCCCCAGAAAAAGACGACAACUCAUACUUAAUGGGCAGAUAAGACCUUUGGACCGGCUCCUCGGACACACAGAUCUGCUCAUUUUUCUGCAGAAGCGAUCCGGCUUGAGAUUUAUUGACUGCAGACUAAGCAGAAAAGAAAAUACAGACAAAAUCAGACGUUAGCAGAUAGCUGGAGAUGAGGGGAGGAAUCUGCUCUGUGUUUUUCCUGGUGAUUGGGGUGACCUUGCUCAGUGGCCUCGGCUGCCUGGGUGAACACGAGUCUGUGGAUGACAGUGUCGGCACGGAGGAGGUGAAAAGGCCCAGGCCUCCACACCUUAUCUUUAUCAUGGUGGAUGACCAGGGUUACGGAGACAUUGGCUACCAUGGCUCCGACAUCCACACUCCGGUGCUGGACCAGCUGGCAGCAGAGGGGGUCAAACUUGAGAAUUACUACGUCCAGCCUAUCUGCUCACCCUCUCGCAGUCAACUCAUGACAGGGCGCUACCAAAUUCACACUGGACUCCAGCAUUCGAUCAUCCGAUCACGUCAACCCCUCUGCCUGCCCCCGGACAUCCCCACCCUACCAGAGUGUCUGGUUGAAGCUGGUUACGCCACACACAUGGUCGGGAAGUGGCACCUGGGCUUCUGCAGGCCGAGUUGUCUGCCCACAGGACGCGGCUUUCAGAGUUUCCUGGGUACACUGACUGGCAGUGGAGACCACUUCUCCUAUCGGAGCUGUGACGGGGCUGAGGCUUGUGGAUUUGACCUGCAUGAUGGAGACAGGCCUGCGUGGGAGAUGAGCGGCAACUACUCCACUCUGCUUUACAUAGAGAGAGUGAAGCAGAUCCUUCGGAGCCACAACCCCCAAAAACCACUCUUCCUCUAUUUGUCCCUUCAGGCCGCCCAUACACCCUUGCAGGUACCAGACCAUUUUCUGCACCCCUAUGAUUCCCAGGGCAAUCGUCUCAGGCGCCACUACGCAGCCAUGCUGAGCUGCCUGGACGAUGGGGUUGGACAAGUGGUUGAGCAACUAAAGACUAGUGGGCUUUAUCAAAAUUCAGUGUUGAUCUAUUCAUCUGAUAACGGUGGGCAGCCACUCUCUGGAGGAAGCAACUGGCCACUAAGAGGUGGCAAAGGGACCUACUGGGAAGGGGGCAUCCGGGCUGUGGGCUUUGUCCAUAGUCCCGUCCUGAAGAAGAAGGGUGUAGUCAGCAGAGCACUGAUCCAUGUUUCUGACUGGUAUCCCACAUUACUGGGGCUGGCCGGGGCCCUGCAGUCCCACCAGGGCCUAGACGGUCACGAUGUGUGGGGGACUAUCAGCGAAGGCCUACCCUGUCCUCGCACUGAAAUCCUUUUCAACAUUGACCCAGUCUCCAGGAAGCCUGGGGAGCCAUAUGACAAGGCGCUGGUACUCAAUGGCUUUGGGAUCUGGGACACAGCCGUAAGGGCAGCAAUAAGGGCUGGGGACUGGAAGCUAUUGACAGGAAAUGUGGGUGACGGGGACUGGAUACCACCACAGGCUCUACCCGGUGGUCCAGAGCGGUGGCAGAAACUUGAGAAGCGGCGCAAUCAAGUUGGGAAAUCAGUUUGGCUGUUUAAUGUUUCCUCUGACCCCUAUGAGAGAUCGGACCUGGCGGAAGCUCGUCCAGGGAUAGUGAAGCAUCUGCUGACCAGGCUGGCAGAGUACAACCAGACAGCUGUGAUGCCCAGAAAUCCACCAGAUGAUCCUAUGGCUGACCCUGAGCUCCAUGGAGGGGUGUGGAGUCCCUGGCUGGGCCUGGAGGGGCAUAAUGGAGAAGACGAUGGCAGGAAAGAAAGGAUAAUGAAGAUUAAGCAUUGCAAAGUCUGCAAAUUAAAAGCCCUCUUUAAGAAGGUGGGGUCACGCCUGCAGAGGAACACCCUGUUCUUCUGAAUGUCUCAUCUCUCAACAUUAAAGGGUAAUUUUGGUAUCUUUCAACCUGGAGCCUAUUUCCCCAAAUGUUUGUGUUGAAGUGACUAAUGGGAACAACAAUUUUUGAAAUUGGUCCAGUAUUGAACAAGAGGGCUGCAGCCUGCAGUGGCGAAACAGGUUGCAAUGUAAUCCCUGGGGGCAAUUAAGUGCUGUCAAUUAAUAUCCACUAAAAGUGCUUAUUUUUGUCACUGACUGGCUCAGAUUGUUAUUCAAAGUGUCAGACAUCUUAUGGAAAAGAUCCCUAUAGAGAAAGACCUUUUUGUUAAAGAGUAAAAUCCUUUUGUUUAACCAGAAACAGCCUAGAAAAUGCCAUCGCAAAACACACAAAACUCCAUUUAAAUAAACAGUCAUUUAGCGUGCAUAGAACCAUCAUAUUUUUAAAUCUAACUGAGUGAAUUAAGGGUUUAUUUGACCCAAACAGAGUUGGUGAUUACUGUAACAGUGGAAAGACAAGCCAAGUCGGCUUUUGUGAGUUCUAUUUUGUUUCUGUUGACUUUGAAUGAAGUGUGUUUUAGGAUUAUAAAAUUACUGUUUUUUUUAAAUGCAGUCUGGUGUGGUAGGCAUUAGUGAUUUUGAGGCUGUUUCUGGUUAAAAUAAAAGGAUCUUACUCUGUAGGGAUCCUUUAAUUAACGUUGUCAGAGCCUCAUAACAAUCUGAGCCUGUCAGUGGCAAAAACAAGCACUUUUAGUGGACGUAAAUUGACGGUGCAAACGUACCUCAAAUGAUUACACACAGCUUUUUUCGCUGCUGCCAGCUGCAGGGGUCUCACUCAGUACUGGACCAAUUUCCAGUUAGUCACAGAGGCAAGAAAACAUGGGAAAACAGGGUUCAGGUUGAAAAAUACCAAAGUUCCUUUAAUUAGACAAGGAGGUUCAGUGUGCUUCAAAUGAACUAUAAUUUAUGAAGUGUUGUCUGCUGACAUCUGAGGGCAAAAAUGUUAAUAGGCUACCUGUUUCCAAUGGCAACAUACAAAAGCCCCUGAACACCUGGUCAUUCACUGCAUGUAGUCGGCAUGCUUGUCAUAUAAUCUUAAUUUUGGGAAGUAUUGACAUAGUCAAUACCAACGUCAUAAAAUUGUGAGGUAGGAUGUUUCAGGCGCUGUUCGAUGAUACUUCAUUUGAAGCAUAUUGACGUCUUUACCAGGAGGAAGGUAAAGGGAAAGAGAGAUGGAAACAAACAAAAAUACAGACCAGCAGACAGGUCAGAUAGACGAGAUAGAGCCACAAUCAAAUACUGGAGGUCUGCAGAUAAACAGGCAGCCUGAUAGAAAAGCAGACGAGGCUGUGCGGCCGGCUGAGCAAGCUGACUCACUCACUGUCCUGCGGCCAAACUGCGGCAGGGUGACUUUGGGCCGUCGCUGGACCGCGUAGGGAGCAAUGUGUGUGUCGCUGUGCAUGUACGCCUGUAUUCAUGAGCAGUUUGAAUAAUACAGAUAGAGUGCGUGCAUGUGGAAGUGAGGCCUGAAGAGAUGGGAAGAGGAAUGGAGGGUGACGUCUCGAUGUCUCAUCUCCUACUCAUCCGAGAGGACCCUUUAAGGAUGACACAAAGACACCCACGGGGGUUGUUUUUGUCAAAUGUCACCUUGUUCUUUUGUUUAGAGGUUACACACAUUCACUUCUGCUCACACAGUGGCACACUGCUCUGCCUUUAAGAGACCUCUGAGCAACACAAAGUGUCCAGUCUCAGC